AUGGUACUAUAUCUCAUUGGGUUGGGUCUCGCCGAUGAGGAAGACAUAACGUUGAAAGGACUACGGGCUGUACAGUCAUGCGAUAAGGUGUAUCUGGAGUCAUACACCAGCAUUUUGCUAGUGGACGAUUUCAAAGCGCAUAUGGAAUUGUUGUACGGAAAAAAUAUCACGCCUGCCCACCGUGAAACAGUGGAACUAGAAGCGGAUGAUAUUUUGAGUGCAGCAUACCACGGAAAUGUCGCAUUUCUUGUGGUUGGAGACCCGCUUUCUGCAACGACGCAUGCCGACUUGAUCCUGCGGGCCAAGAAUUUCCACAUACCCGGCGCAUCGUCUCCCUCUCCUGUACCCGUACAGAUUAUUCACAAUGCUAGCAUUACCACGGCUAUUGGCUCUAGCGGCUUGGCAGGCUACAAUUUUGGACAAACUGUGAGCAUUCCGUUUUGGACAGAGGAAUGGCGACCAGAUAGUUGGCUUGGACGGAUUGGUGAGAACAUGGGCCUAGGGCUGCAUACCCUGUGUCUCAGCGAUAUCAAGGUGCGCGAACAAAGUAUUGAGGACAUGAGUCGGUACGUAUCUAUCGCACAUACUUACAGCAGGGGUAUCAUUCGGUAUCAGCCGCCGCGGUACAUGUUAAUUCCGCAGCUUAUUCGCCAGCUGAUUGCCGCCGCGAACGAACACAGAGUCGAUUAUUUAGACCCAGAGCGGACACUAGCCGUUGCGUUGUGCCGCAUGGGCGCAAAAACGCGCACAGAAGCAGGUCGAACACGGAAAGGCGAACUUAUUGUCGCAGGCACACUUGCAGAGCUCCUCUCUUACACGGAGCCGACCGCGGCACAAAAAGAGCAAGAUGAAAAAGAAGACGAGGAGUAUGAAGAGGAGAACCCCACGGUUAGCGAGAAGGAAAUGGACGAGCGCCGUGAAGCGCGCACCAUACAGCGCGCAAUCGAGUUUUGGGGCGAGCCGUUGCAUUCGCUUGUGCUUGUUGGGCGUCAACUGCAUCCCAUGGAGGUAGCGUACGGUGAAUCGCUCGUGCGCGAAGGAAGCCGGUGGAAGCAGGUGGCGAUAGAGGUAUACGGAAGUCGCGAAUAG